UUUUUGCCCCAUCCUGAUGAUGGGAACAGUCAAUGUAAGUUACCCAGAAGUCUUUGUGCUCCUGGGCUUCUCUGAUCGACCCUUACUAGAACCCGUGCUCUUUAUAGUUGUCUCAGGUUUUUAUGUGGUGUCUAUCUUGGGCAAUGGUGUCAUCAUCCUGGUGUCCUGCAUGGAUGUGAGUCUCCACACACCUAUGUACUUUUUUCUUGUCAACCUCUCCUUCCUGGACAUUAGCUUUAGCACAAGCAUUAUCCCACAACUCCUAGUCAACCUCUGGGGACCACAGAAAACGAUAAGCUAUGGUGGGUGUGUGGUCCAGUUCUAUAUCUCCCAUUGGCUGGGGGCAACUGAGUGUGUCCUGCUGGCUGUCAUGUCCUAUGACCGCUAUGCUGCCAUCUGCAGGCCACUCCACUACACUGCCAUCAUGCAUCCAGAGCUGUGCCUUAGGCUGGCAGUCACCUCGUGGCUAGGGGGUCUGACCACCAGCAUGGUGGGCUCCACACUCACCAUUCUCCUACCACUGUGUGGGAACAAUCGCAUCGACCAUUUCUUUUGUGAAAUGCCCCUCAUUAUGCAACUGGCUUGCGUGGACACCAGCCUCAAUGAGAUGGAGAUGUACCUGGCCAGCUUUAUCUUUGUUGUCUUGCCUCUGGGGCUCAUCCUGGUCUCCUACAGCCAGAUUGCCCGGGCUGUGUUGAAGAUCAGGUCAGCAGAAGGGAGGAGAAAGGCAUUCAACACCUGCUCUUCCCACGUGGCAGUUGUGUCCCUGUUUUAUGGGAGCAUCAUCUUCAUGUAUCUUCAGCCAGCCAAGAGCAACUCUCACGAGCAGGGCAAGUUCAUAGCUCUCUUUUACACUGUAGUCACUCCUAUGCUGAAUCCACUUAUUUACACGCUAAGGAAUAAAGAUGUGAAGAAUGCUCUCAGGCAUAUUGUAUUAGAGAACUGCUGUCGCUUUACAAGGAAAUGGGGACAAACUCAAAGACUCUAGUCAUUUCUGAGGAGGAAAAACAAGUUUAAAUAUAUCAGAACUGAUAUUGGAGGGCAGACUACUUGGAAAGU